AUGCUAGACUUGUCAAGCAUCACGAAGCAACAAGUUCGUCAGGAGAGUGAUCGAAAUGUAGUACGGUAUUUGAAGGCAAUGCAGUUAGUUUUUUUUUCCAACUUUAAGGCUGCUUUCCACUCUCCUCAUCGAGGUCGUCUUUUCAACGCGCUUCACAGCGGUGGAGUAUCAGGAAAGGUUGUUUGCUUACUUGAUACCAUCAAUCAGGGAAUAACUGUUGCAGUUCGAAGAGGAGCCGGUUGCACAACAUCGUUUGAUGUGGUAACUGGAGUACGAGAAUGCGACAAAAGACAAUGCCUUUCCUGUUCAACUUCGCGUUCGAUUACAUUACAUUCGAAGAACAGUCUCGAGUACGGUCACACAAUUGUGAUAUUCGCGAAAAGCAGUACAAAGCUUCAACAUGAUAUCGACUUUGUAUUGAAGCAAGCUGGACCCUAUGGGCUACACCUGAGCCUUGACGAGUGCAAUCGGAUGUGA